ACACAACGAUCAACAUGCGCUCUUCUUCCAUCACUGCAGGUUUGUGGCCAGCACUGACGCGCAUUGGUUCCUCGUCAGUCUGGAGUCCUCCUGGAGCUCUUCCGGGUUUGGAAAGCCCACAUUUCCUCCUGGCGACACACAUUCCAGAGAAAACAUCCUGGAUAACGGGCCGAGCUGCGUGCGAGUGCAAACCAACAAACGAAACGGAGCGCUCGAGCUGGAAGACAGAUAGUUCGCGAGGACAUGUUUGACGAGCGACGGUGGGAACCGUGGGAUAUUUGACAUGUCAGCGCAUCAUUUCCAAACACCAUUCGUCAGCCAGCUGUUGUUCAUAUUUCGAGUUUGUAGACCUUCUAUAUAUUAAUUAUUUUCAAUAUACAAGACAUUAAGCAAACAGUUUAAAUAGGGUAACAACAUGUGGCUAUAUACUUUGGCCAUUGCUCUCAUUGUCUUUGCGCAUGAGGUGAACGGAGAGUCACAUCCAUCCUGGGCGACGCAGCUCAGUUCAACAUUACCGCCUCAAGAAGAACACCCAUCAGAUAAUGCAACAGAUGCAGCGGCUGGAUCUCGAAUUUCUACCAUUUUAAGGGAUCUUCCUACCAUCAAAAGCAUUUCGAUUGUCAUAUUUGUAUUAACAACCUUGCUAAUCACGUGCCUUGUCAUAAAACUAUUCAGAUCGACAAAGAAGAUCAGAAAAAUGCGCAAGUAUGACAUCAUCACAACUCCCACCAAGCGUGUUGAGAUGACGCCUUUAAAUGAAGAAUAUUACGAAGAAGACGACUCGAGCCUGUUCGAUGUCAAGUACAGGUGAAUUACAUUCUGCGCUCAGAGUCUUUGUUGAAGAUCUCCUUUAACCCCCCGAAUACCUCUGUGUGAACACAUCUAUACAGGAAUUGUGCUCCCUGCACCUGCGGAUUUGCUUUAAACAUCAGUGGAACAAGACUUUUUACAUGUAUUGAUGUAUUAAUGUGUUUUGGCAUUCCAAACCAGCAUGAAAUCUGAUGGUUUAUUAAAGUUUUCUGUUGAAAGCACAGAAAGGUAAUCCAAGAUUAAGAAAAUAGUAAAAACAAAUAUAUAUAUAUAUAUAUAUAUAUAUAUAUAUAUUUUUUUUUUUUUUUUUUUUUAUUGCAAUCAACAUAUCAAUAUGUAUUUUGGUUUUUAAUAAUUCCAGACAAUUAUUAAAAGGGUUUAGGAGCUCAAAUGUUAAAUCAAUCACAUUGCUUUACUUCAAGUGAGUUUUGCUGUGAUUUAAUCAGCUCAAAGUUUCAAAUCAAAAGAGUAGUUUUAUAUUUGUGAUGGACAGAGAUUUUAAAUUUUUUUUUUAAUGUGACUAUUGACAAUGUUAAAUGGAUAUUUAUGCUCCAAUACUGAAACUAUCUUUAUUAUAUACUAUUGUCUGUAUAUACUGUAUGAAACCCCUAUAUUUUGAGAUUGAUUAAUUUACGAACCACUAAUUGUGCAUAUUUACUGUAUAAGGGUUGAAUGUAUGUGUGAGAGAGGAUGUAUGUGGAGUUGAGAGAUUAUUGUUGGCAUAUUGCUGCUUUCUGAGGUUGGGGAUUUGUGCACACCUCCUUUAUGAAUUAACUGGUUUUGGCAGUGGAAAACUGCAGUGCCACACAUCAUGAAGGGUUUAAACACAAAGCCGUUAUCAUAUCAGACAUAUUCAAUUAUAUUUCCCAGAUUUAGAGCAGCACUGGAAGAGUAUCUUUGAAAUAUCUUAAAGCUACAGCUAUAUAUUGUAUCAUGGGUCCAGUUCUCACUAUUAACAAACUAUUAAGUAUGACUUAUGCUUCAAGAAACUCUUUUAAUUGGCUGCUUAUUAAUAUUUAGUAAGGUAGUUAAGUUUAGGUAUUGGGUAGAAUUAGGGAAGUCGAAUAUGGUCAUGCAGAAUAUGUUGUCUUUACAUCUUAAUAAACAGUCAAUAUGUUAAUAAUAUGAAUGCUAAUAAUCUUGAUACUCCUACUUAAUGUUAAUGAGAAGGACUAAUGCCCAGCAUCUAAGGACCAAUAAGAGUGAGCAAUAAUUGAACAUGUCUUAAAAUACAUGCUUUAACUUUUUCCUGGUUUUGUAUAACAUGUUUGCUAGUCUGAACACUGGAAAAAAAGUGUAUAUCAACAGCCAUCUUUCUCUCCAUAGAAAACUUGUUGAUGUCUGUGCUAACUGUAAAAUAUUGUUUUUGAAGCGUACCAAAUCAUAAACGUACUUAUUUUGGGGUUCUUGAUUAAUGAAAUAAAUAUAAAUCUUAAUCCAAAAGAUUAAAUCCAA